AAUUGGUGCAUUAUGGGAACGAGUCAGUCUACGAUUUCAAAGCACGAAGAGGGGCGGUGGCGUGAGAGAGCCUGUAAUCCCAGCUUCCGGGAGGAUGUGGCCGGAGGACUGAAAUCGAGAGUUCGAGACCAGCUUGGGCAAAAUAGCAAGACCCCCAUCCUGGAAAAACAAGGGGUUCGAAAGUUGAGCGCGGUGCAUUAGGGGAGGCGUUAGCGGGUUCUGAGCGCGCGGAACCACGGGAGCGUCGCUGGACUACACCGCAGUGCAUCUUGGGAGGCAGAGUCGACGCAGCCUGUCCACCCAUGCCCAGCUGCGAGCUACCAGUGGGCACAUGCCCAGACAUGUGCCCAGCCGCCGAGCGUAUCCAGCGUGAAAAGGAGCGCCGCCUGCACCGCUUUGAGGUAGUGCCGGGGUGCUGCGGAGACUGGCCCCGCGCCGACCCACAGCGCGCGGUGAAAGAGUACUGCCGGCCUGCAGCCGGCAAGCCCCGGCCACCGCCAAGCCAGCUGCGUCCGCCCUCGGUGCUGCUGGCCACUGUACGUUACCUGGCCAGCGAGGUGGCUGAGAGUGCCGACGCAUCCCGCGCCGAGGUGGCUAGCUUCGUGGCGGACCGGUUGCGAGCUGUGCGACUGGACCUGGCCCUGCAGGGUCCUGGAGACGCCGAGGCAGCCGUGGUGUUGGAGGCGGCGCUGGCCACGCUGCUAGCUGUGGUGGCGCGGCUUGGGCCGGAUGCGGAGCACGGGUCUGAGGACCCGGUGCUACUGCAGACCCAAGUGCAGGAGAGCUUCGGCUCGCUGCGGCGCUGCUACGCGCAAAGCGCAGGGCCACACCCCCGCCAGGCCGCCUUCCAGGGUCUUUUUCUGCUAUAUAACCUAGGUUCGGUGGAAGCCCUGCACGAGGUUCUGCAGCUGCCUGCCGCCCUGCGCACCUCCCCGCCCCUGCACACGGCCCUGGCGGUCGAUGCUGCCUUCCGUGAGGGCAAUGCUGCUCGGCUUUUCCGCCUGCUUCGGACCCUGCCUUACCUGCCGAGCUGCGCUGUGCAGUGCCACGUGGGCCAUGCCCGCCGCAGAGCCCUGGCCCGCCUAGCUUGUGCCCUGAGCACUCCCAAGGGCCAGGCCUUGCCUCUGGGCUUCAUGGUUCACCUGCUGGCUCUGGAUGGACUCAGCGAAGCACAGGACCUAUGCCAGCGCCAUGGACUGCCCUUGGACGGGGAGGAAAGAGUAGUGUUCCUGAGGGGUCGGUACACUGAGAAAGGGCCGCCCCAUGCUGGUAGCUGCAAUGUGUUAGUGGGGAGCAAACUUCGAGGGCGCACCCUGGAGGAGGUGGUCAUGGUAGAGGAGGAAGAUGAGGGGGUGGACAGGCCCAGUUCCCCAGACUGAGGAAGUGUGCAAUCUCCCAGAGCCCAGGCCUGGAUCAGAGCGCUUAGGUUUCUUUUCCCAUAAUCCCAGACAAUAAAAGGAACUUGUUUGUGUAGAGA